CUCAAUUUUCCGGUAUGGUGUCAUUAUCAUCUUUUGACAUCUUUUUGGUAUAUGGAGUAUACUCAGUUAGUCAAUUACCACCAAUAAUGACAUAUUUUCUGCAGAUUGAGAGCUACACCAAAGAGCUCGAGGAAAUGCGGAAUCUGUCAAAGGAGGAGUUUUUAGCCUCACUUAAGCGCCAGAGUACAGGGUUUUCUCGAGGUACUUCGAAGUACCGUGGGGUUUCAAGGCACCACCACAACCGUUGGGAGGCUCGAAUUAACUCAGCCACAGGCACCAAGUAUCUUUACUUGGGAGUUUUCGACACUGAAGAGAAAGCAGCAGCAGCAUAUGACAUUGCAGCAAUCCAACAGAGAGGGCCAAAUGCACUAACCAAUUUCGACAUCAGCAACUACGCAGAUAAGCUCAGGGAAAUCCGAGAAGCUCAGUCCAGUGCACAGCCGACCGAGGGUGGCGAAAGCAGCCUCGCCCGGGAAGCACAGCAGCUGCAUGAUGCCGAAGGUGAUCGUCAUCAUCUUCUUCACAAUAACCGCCCAGCCGAAUCAGGGCCGGUCCCGGGCCUAUGGGGAUGAAGAAAGCUUUUUGAACUUCUGGAUGAAUGCGGCGGUCGACCCAUUUCCGGUACCUUAUGAGUAUGAGGUUGUGCAUGAAGCAGCGGAAGCGGGAGAUUCGUACUUGCAUGAUUGCUUCAAAGAUGGCAGCAAUGAGAUUAAGGCUAUCUUUCAGAGACGGUAGCCCCUGGGUCUCUAGUCUCUACUACGGUCCGCCCCUCAUCGUGAAUGAAUUGGAAGCUAUGACUGAUGACGGACUAAACGAGUUUACAACUGAUUUACCGCCUCCGGUGGACGGCGACGCCACCAGCAACGGCUGCAGAUGAAAAUGGACAUGGAAUUCCUGCAGGCCGGCUUUGAUGCUGCUUCAGAUUUUUUAAGUAGUUAUUAUUUUAUUAAUUUAUUUAGGAUUGGUUUAAUAUGUGCAAUAGAGGCAUAUACAUGUUUCGUGUAUGUAACUUUUUACUGUUGUUAGAGCUGUAAAGCAGGAAUACAAAACUCGAAGAAGAUGUUCUUAAUAUGUUUAAAAUGUAACAUUAUGCAAAAAAUGAGGAAAAAUUGUUUAUAUAUACUUUUUCAUAUAUACUCAUAUUUAUUUUUUUAGUGUUACUCCUCAUAUUUUUUGUUCUUUAGCCUUUUUUUUUUUUUUUUUAAUUUGUUAACUAGGGAGUAUAUAUAUAAUACUACCUCCGUCCCGCUAUGAUUGUCCCAUUUUACCUUAUCG